UUGCAAGAUGAGGCUGGCGCGAUCGCUACUACUACGGCGCACCUUGCUGCUGACGCCUUUGCUCUUGCUGCUCUGCCCCCAUAACACGAUCUUCGGUCAACAAUCCCUAGCACGAAACAAUGAUCGAACAUCACACAUUGUACUGCUGGGAUCGACGGGACCAAAUGGCCGGCGUCAGUUUCGCUGUGGUGGAGCGUACAUUGGCCGUAACGUGAUCGUGGCCGGGGGACACUGUGCAACGGCGAAAAACCAGCCACCACUCGAUACGGUCCGGUUCGGGGCCGGAACCGCCAAUGAGCAGCAUUUUCGCAUCGUCAACCAUACGCUGCACUAUCGCUACAAACCACAGUUCGAGUACCACAACAUGGCCAUCUUCUUUCUCGAUGCUAACCCCGAGGCGAGCAGCCGCGGAAUCCACAAACCGGCCUGCGUGCUGAAGCCACACAUGAAGAGUGGAAAGGUGCAGUUCGUUGGGGAUGGAUCGGCGGAUGGGCGUGGAGCGAACCUGCUGACCACCGAGCUGGACGUGAUGCCGUCCGAGAAGUGUCACGAGUACUACAAUCCGAUUCCCAAGCUACGGUUCGGGGUGCUGCUGUGUUGCUUCUGUGCGAUGAACUCCGCCACUGCCGAGUGCUCGAAUAUGCACAGCUCCCCGUUACAGGUAGUGCUUACACGGAGCGGUAAGAGUGUUCCCUUCCUUAUCGGUCACAAAUCCAUCGGAAGAGCGUGCGGCGUCAAGAGUCCGGCUGUUUUCACCCGUUAUGGAUCGUAUUAUGAAUGGAUGGAAACCAUUACUGAUCUAUCGUUGGAAGCCAAUGAUUGCUUCGCCCGUUAUUAAAUGGACACGGCAGCAACUGGUACGAUCAAAGGGAAUUCAACCAACUGCACGAAUGUUAUUGUCCGCUUCGAAGGCCCUCACAUGUGCUCGUGGCAAUGUUCCGUUGCCGCGAAGAACCUGUUCUUAGCAGCAUCGCCUUUGAGUGUAUCACAUGCCGGAAAUGGAAUACAAUAACAUCCAACAUGAAGUAAAUAAAGCAUGAUCGAAUCUUUAACCACAA